AUGGAAAAAGAGCUGAGGAAUCGUUGGGAUGAUGUGACAACAUUUAUGCAACCGGAAGCAAGGGAUCGAUGGUGGAAUCGGAUCGUUGAUGCGUAUCGAUCGAGGCCAUUUAGAGGUCUUUCCCAUCUAUCACAAAUGUUUUUUCUUUACGACAAACACAAAGAUCAAUUGAAGGAACGAUAUGGAUGCGCUGUUGCUAUUUUCUUUAAGAAUAUUGUCUACGAUGCUCAUGAUUCACAAUGCACCGAAAAAAGUGUGCAAGUAUUCAACGAAUUCGCUCAGGGAACAACGCUUGAUCAGCAAAGCUAUGUGACCGAUUUGAUCAAUCAAUCGGCCUCCUCGUCCACUGAAGCCAAUUUGACUCCAGGAGCAGUUGGAACCGAAGACGUGCACUAUUUGAUCGAUUUCGAUAUGGCUUUUCUCGGAGAUGAAGAUUUUGAUCGACAUGAGAAAGCGAUUCGAAAAGAAUAUCCCGAACUUUCCGAUGAAGAUUAUCGAAAGAUGAGACUCAGGGUGUUAACCUUUUUCCUUCAAAUCCCGAAUAUCUACGCAACAGCACCGAUUCGAGAAGAAAGAGAGGGAAAAGCACGAGAGAAUAUUCAAAAAGAAAUUGGUCUUCUUGAAGCGGGAAAUAGAACUUAU